AUGUCGCCGGCUGCUGAAAAAACCCCAAGUGAAGAAAAUGAAUUCGACACUGCAGUUUCACGGACGGAGGACGAUGCGGAGCUUGACAAGAACGAUUUAGGAGGUUUUGAGGCUGUCCAAGUGAAAGAAGACAGUACAGAAUUGACCUACCCCGAUGGUGGACUAAGGGCUUGGCUAUGCGUUGCUGGAGGAUGUGGGGCGAUGUUCUGUGGAUAUGGAUUGGCUCCUUCAGCUGGAGCAUUCCAGACAUGGUAUAAAUCCCAUUACUUGUCAGAAUACACACAGAGUCAAGUAGCCUGGAUAGGCGGGACACAAGGAUUCGUCACGUUCGGUUUAUCUAUAUUCACAGGAUCGUUAUUUGAUUUAUACGGUCAUCGUUACCUGAUGGGAUCAGGAACAUUUCUAUUGACUUUGGGAUAUUGUCUACUGAGUUUGUGUACACAAUAUUACCAAAUUUUCUUAUGUCAUUCUACUUUGAUUCCCGUAGGAAUGAAUUUCAUGUUUAUCGCUGCCUUAGGUGUGAUGGGACAGUGGUUCUCAAAAAGACGAGGUGUGGCAUUUGGUGCCAUAUGUGAGUGCUCUCAAUGGAUGUGGUGUUUGUCACUCCUUCGAUCUGAUGGUCAUGUCAUACAAGCUACGGGAGCCUCUUUGGGAGCUAUAGUAUGGCCAUUGAUAUGGGCUAAUGCACCACAGCGAAUCGGAUUUGGAUGGACAAUGAGAUUAAUAGCUCUGAUAUGUCUGAUUAUCGGUACAUCUGCUUUCUUCUUACUGAAGACUAGAUUACCACCAAAACCACCGGGACCUUUCUUUCACCUCAAAGCCUUUACGAGUUUCCCCUAUUGCUUGAUAGCAUUUUCAUCUUUUACAUGGGUAUUUGGAUUCUUCUUUGUGAACAUGUUCAUCGGGACAUACGGUCAUCUCAGAGGAUGGAAUGAUAUCGGACCAUAUUUCCUAAUUUUCGUAAAUGCUGGAUCUAGUAUAGCACGGGUACCAUCAGGACUUAUAGCAGAUCGAAUCGGGUCAUAUAACAUUUCAAUCAUAUCGAACAUCUUCAUGACAAUCUUACUCUGGUCACUUCUGGCUUGCAAGACUAUACCAUCAGUAGUAGUAGUCAGUGUCUUGUUCGGUAUGACAAGUGCUACAUUUGUUAGUCUACAAGCUCCGUGCGUAACGAAAUUAUGUAAAGACAUGAGAUUUGCUGGGACAAUGGUUGGCAUGAUCAUGUUUAUCGGUUCAUUCGCUCAGAUUGCCGGUCCACCUUCAGCAGGUGCUUUGUUAGGUGCAGGAUCAGAUCAAGAUCAGUUAUCGCGUUUCCCACAUGCGAUCAUUCUGGCUGGUACUAUGCUCACCUUAGCAACUAGCUCUUUGAUCGCGGCUAGAUUAUGGCAAAAUAAGAAGAUACUUGCUAUUGUGUGA